AUGAAGGGUAAAUUGACACAGAACAGCAAAAAGAAGAAGGGAAAUGCAGUGCUAGAGAAGUACCUGUUUGCAGUGGAUGAGUUUAUUAAAAGCAACGCUGGCACCGAAGAAGGGGAGAAUGACCACGGCUUGAGAUUUGUAAAAAGGAAAAGCAGAAAGGACCUGCGCAAAGAAAAGCGAAUAAUGAAGAAAGCCAAAAUGAAAAGUCAUUAUGAGGGUAAAAAGAUCCUCGAUGAUGGUGAAAACUCGGUAAUACCAGCUGAUGAACAGCCCCAGCUGAAGAAGAAGAAGAAGAAGAAGAAGAAGAAGAAACUUGAGGGAGCAAAUAAAGAAGCACAGUCCACUAGUGCUCCCUCAGAGAAAUCAGGCAAGUCUAAAACACCAUCAUCUUCCAAGAAAGGCAAGAAAAUCAAUACGCUUCAAGAAUCAAGAAAAAAAGCACUUCUGGAGGCAAAUGAAGACGAGGACAGAGAAAUAAAGAAAUUAGAGCGGUGCCUGGGAUUAAACAGGAGAAAAAACAAGAAAAGUCUGCCUCAAUCUUUUGUGGCUGAUGGACUCGAUUACAUCCUUGGUGUGCUUGGCGAUGGCUCAUCUGCCACGGGGAUGUAUGAUGACGAUGACGACAUGGACAUGGCGAAAGAUAAUUUUGAAAAGCUUGAUAAAAUCGACUCUCAGCUGUCGGAUGAGAACGAAGAACCUGGAGAUGAAAUGGCGGGAGAGGGCAGUGAUGAAGAUAUGGGUUCAUUUGACGAUGAAAAUGAGGUGGAUGAUGAGGAGGAGGAGGAUGAUGAUGAUGAUGAUGAUGAUGAUGAUGAAAUGGUUGAGGAGGAAAUGGAGGAUGAUCCAGGUGAGGGUGAUGCUGACUCAGCAGAUGAAAAUGAAAAGGAAUUGGAGGAAGAAGCAGACGCUCCUGACACAAAGACAUCAGGCACAACGUCCGAAACUGUCAACUCUGCAGCAGGCAAGUACGUGCCGCCUCACUUGCGAAACGCCGGAGAUGACAAACGCAAAGCUGAGCUGGAAAAACUGAAGAGGAAUGUGAAAGGCCUGGUGAACAGGCUGAGUGAGCCCAACAUGGUGUCCAUCAGUGGUCAGCUGGAGGAGCUGUACAUGAGCUGCAGCAGGAAUGACAUGAAUGACACCCUAACGGAGGUGCUGCUGGCCGCCUGCGUCACCCCGGCUCUGAUGCCUGACAGACUGCUGAUGGAGCACGUCCUGCUGGUCAGCCUCCUUCAUCACGCCGUCGGGUUGGAGGUCGGAGCACAUUUUCUGGAGACGGUCGUGCGGAAGUUUGACGUGGUGUACAAGAACCCAACGGAAAGCAAGGAGUGCGACAACCUGAUCUCCAUUGUCAGUCACCUCUAUAACUUCCAGGUGGUGCAUUCUGUCCUCAUCUUCGACAUCCUAAAACAUUUGGUCGGAGCCUUUACAGAGAAGGACAUUGAACUGGUUUUGUUAGUGCUGAGGAAUGUCGGCUUCUCCCUGAGGAAGGACGACGCUCUGGCUCUCAAGGAGCUCAUCUCUGAAGGUCAACGCAAGGCCAGCAAGCUGGGGUCGAAGUUUCAGGAUCAGACCAGGGUGCGUUUCAUGCUGGAAACCAUGAUGGCUUUGAAGAACAAUGAUAUGCGGAAGAUCCCCGGCUACGAUCCUGAGCCUAUGGAGAAGCUGAGGAAGUUGCAGAGGACUCUGAUCCAGCGGCGUGCAGGAGGCAGUGACAUGAAACUGAGGGUCUCUCUGCACAAUCUCCUGGCCGCAGAUCAAGUGGGCCGCUGGUGGAUCGUCGGCUCCUCGUGGAGCGGAGCGCCCAUGAUCGGCGAACAAGGCAACACAACCUCGACACAGAGUACUGCUGAAGGAAAGUUUAGUGCCAAAGUCUUGGACCUGGCUCGGAAACAGAGGAUGAACACUGAAGUCAGAAGAAACAUCUUCUGCGUGAUAAUGACCAGCGAAGACUUCCUGGAUGCAUUUGAGAAACUGCUCAGGAUGGGCCUGAAGGACAAGCAGGAGAGGGAGAUUGUUCAUGUUCUGAUGGACUGCUGUCUGCAGGAGAAAACCUUCAAUGCCUAUUACGCCGUACUGGGAGAAAAGUUCUGCUCCCACGAUCGCCGCUUCCAGAUGACGUUCCAGUUCAGCCUAUGGGACAAGUUCAGGGAGCUGUCCAACCUUCCCAGCAGCACCUUCAACAACCUGGUUCAGCUGGUUACUUACUUCCUCCAGAUGAAGUGCCUCUCGCUCUCCAUACUCAAAGUAAUAGAGUUUGGGGAACUAGAUAAGGCCACGGUGCGCUUCUUGCGUCAGGUGUUGACCAAACUGCUAAACGAAAUUGAGCCUGAGGAUCUAGCCAGCAUAUUUGGAAGGAUUUCAGGAAUUCCCAAGCUAGGAAUGCUGCGGGAGGGCUUGAAGCUUUUCAUCAGCCACUUCCUGCUGAAGAAUGCCCAGUCACAGGGUCCAGCUGAGCAAGCAGCGGUGCUGUCAGAGCGCGCUCAGGUCGCCACCAAAGCCAUGGAGGCCAAAGAGGCCAAGCUCAAACUGUAAAACACGUACACACACACAACCACACACCAGAAAGCCCAGCCGACGUACGUAACACAACUGUGGAACAGAAGGUGGCUUGUUAGAAGGAAUUGUCUUUUUAAUACAAUGAACCAAAACACAGUUUUCUUCAAAGAAGAAUAAAUAUGUUUUUCAUAUUGUAUUAAUGCUUUUGCUUUGGGGAGUCCUUGUACAUAAUUGUUACCAUGAAGGUUUUUAAAUCUGGACAAUCCUGUUGCCUUUAGAGAAACACCAGUGCACACAUUUUAAUACAGUUCACAUGGGUUCAGCUUUGUUAUUCUGCAAUAAAUAAACUACAGAUUUUGCUUCAUGAGAAUUUAUAGCAAAACCUUUUUUUGAUCAUUUAUAUUUUUCCCCUUCCCAAACUCAUUGUCCAUAAUGGUGCUUGUAUAUUUAGAGUGAACGCUUCAAUAAAUUGCAGAGAUACUGCCUAAA